AUGAUUGUCAUCAGUGCGAGCAGUGUUGCACUGGCGGCUGAAGACCCCGUCUUUGAGAACUCGGAGAGGAAUCGCAUCCUUAACCAUUUUGAUUACGUCUUCACUGGUGUCUUCACUGUUGAGAUGAUUCUCAAGACAAAACUAUAUGACCUGACACACUCGCCACUGGCACACUGGCAGAUCAUAAAUCUUGGAGUCAUUUUCCACCCGGGUGCUUACUGCCGGGAUCUCUGGAACAUUCUCGAUGCCUUGGUUGUCGUCUGUGCUCUCGUGGCUUUUGCUUUCACCGACAGUCCAUCCGCUGGUAAAAAUCUGAAUACAAUAAAGUCGUUGCGUGUUUUGAGGGUCUUGAGGCCUUUGAAGACAAUAAACAGGGUUCCUAAGCUGAAGGCCGUGUUUGACUGCGUGGUGAACUCGUUGAAGAACGUCUUCAACAUUAUGAUCGUCUAUCUUCUCUUCCAAUUCAUCUUUGCUGUCAUCGCAGUUCAGCUUUUCAAGGGCAGGUUCUUCUUCUGCAACGAUGACUCUAAGAACACGCGGGAGACUUGCCGGGGAUAUUAUUUUGAGUACGAAAUAGAAGGCAACGAACAGCCGACGAUUCGCGUGGAGAAAAGAAAGUGGGACAAGAGGGAAUUCCAUUACGACAACGUAGCCUUUGCAAUGCUUACUUUAUUUGCCGUGCAGACCGGGGAGGGCUGGCCAUUAGUGCUGAAGAAUUCCAUCGAAGCGACAUUCGAAGACAGGGGUCCGCAGCCAGGCUUUCGCAUGGAGAUGGCCAUUUUCUACAUCGUGUACUUCAUCGUGUUUCCCUUCUUCUUCAUAAACAUCUUCGUUGCUCUGAUCAUCAUCACCUUUCAAGAGCAGGGCGAGAAUGAACUGAUUGAUCAGGAGUUAGACAAAAAUCAAGUCGGUCUAAAUUUCUGUUUGAUUUUCUUUGUGACGUUUUGCGAUUUGGCUUGUGAGAAUUUGUGUUUUUAA